GGCUCUUCUCAAAGAAGGGUUCUCAUAGGCUUCCCGCAAUUGUGGUGCUAUGGCAUCGCGACUUACACGCGGCCGCAGUGACUCCGAAGGGACCCGUUCAGAAACUAUUGAUGAUGCUGUGAAGAAUGGAAAGUCACGUCGAGGGGUCAGUGUGGUUGCAGAUUUUGUGCGCGCGCCUGAUGACGAGAGCGAUGGAAGUGUCUGGGAACGUUGGAAGCAGAAGGCUUCCAAGUUCUUAAGCAGCGUGUACCUUGCGAAUUUCAUCGUGAUCGUGGUCUUCAUCGAUGCAUACUGCACUUGCAGAGAUAUAGAUGCCCGGGCCAAAGGCCAGACUACACCAGAAGCCUUCCUCGUGCUCUCAGACUUGUGUUUGGUGCUUUACACCGUGGAACUUCUCCUUCACAUAUCUUUGCAAGGGCUUGGCAUUCUGCGUGACUGGAUGAUUUGCAUGGAUUUGGGUAUCAUAGUCUGCGGUUAUCUUGAGAUGCUCCUGGACGCUUUCAUGGAUAGUGAGUCUGUAGUUCGGGUUGGCGUGGUCCGGGCACUUCGCCUUGUUCGCAUCUUUCGACUGAUCCGACUGUUGAGGAAGAUCCGCACAUUGCGAGAGUUGCACAAAUUGGCAACGAUGAUGGCUACAUGUGCGAAGACCUUGGUAUGGUCUUUCUUGCUUUGCUUCCUGGUGAUGACGGUAUGGAGUAUGUUGAUGGUAGAGAUGGUGCACCCGUUGCUGCUCGACUUGCGACUGCGUGGGACCUUCAGCGAUUGCAAAGGAUGCGAUCGAGCCAUGGCAUCAGUAAUGGAGGCAAACUUGUUGCUUUUCAAGACUGUGAUUGCGGGGGACAGUUGGGGUGAAAUUGCUGUGCCUGUGAUCGAGCAGUAUCCAGCGACUGCAGUGAUAUUCAUGGGUUCUUUGCUGACCCUCGUGUUUGGUGUCCUGAAUCUCAUCGUUGCAGUCGUGGUAGAUACUUUUGCUGAUGCCAGGCUCAACGACGUGCAGAACUUGGCUGAAGAGAUGGAAGACGAAAUCCAAAAGGAUCGGAAGUCCUUGGCGAAGCUGUUUCAACGGAUAGAUCUGGACGGUAGCGGCCAGCUCACCCUUGAGGAGCUGAUUGAAGGUGCGCAGCGAGACGCGGAUUUUCAAAGUCGUUUGCGAGUGAUGGACAUCGACGAAAGCGAUUUGCAGAUGCUCUUCGAAAUGAUUGACGCUGACCAGUCCGGUACUAUAGAAGCGGCUGAAUUCAUUGGACCGUUGAGUAGAUGGGCUCAUGACUCCAAGACAGCGCCCCGUUUCAUCAAGUACAACAUGCUGCAGACCAUGCAGUUGCAAGAGGAUCUCUAUGACAUGUGUGCUGACUGUUUUAGGCAUUUGGCUUUGCAGAUUGACAAAGUGUCUGUGGAAGUGAAGGGCAUUUCCAGGAAGAUGGCCAAAGGAACAAAAUCUGAGAAGCCUGUCACCCCAAAAGGCAGCCAUUCGCCCGAUAGGGCUGAGCGGGACCGCAGGUCGAACAUGAGGGUGUCUGCGAUGUCUGCGACAUCUGGGAUGGAGCACGGCGAGGUCGGUCAGUCCGAGCUGAAGCCUCCAAUUUUCGAAGCUGAAGCCACUGAAGCCGAAGCCAAAAGCGCGGAAACCAUCAGAGUUUCUAAAGCCGAACAAAUUUCAGUGAGCGAUGUUUUUCCCUUGGAACAGGCAGAGCAGGCAGAAAACCAUGAUUUUGAAGAUGAUGCAGUUUCACCGCAAGCUUCAGAACACACAGAACACAGCAGAAUCUUCGACAUGGACUUGCAUUCUGAGAUGGAACAUGUCAUGGCAAUGCGGCCAUCGUUGCAACCAACAAUGCUGACUGAGAAGGUCGUCAGGGAUUCCAAGACCAUUGAUACACAUUUGGAUUUGUUGCUUGAAUCUGCCGUCGUGAAAUUGGAAACCUGCGUCAAGAAGAUGGAGAGGUUUGCGCGUUCAGCUGAUGUCAUGGUCAGGAAGUGGAAUGAAGUGCCAGACCAUCAGCGCCGCGGUCGAGUCACCAGCGCAGGGCUAUCAACAUCCACGUCCUCGAGAAAAUCGGAUGUGUUUUGGGCAAUGUACAUGGAUCGUGAAUUUGUGAGAGACCGGAAAGCCAAGAAGAGGCACACAGGCCCUGCUGCUAAUCUCCCCAUGGCAGCCCGGGGCUCGAAAAAGAAGCCCACGGAUGAAGAGAUAGAUCUAUCAAUGAUAGGGGUUUCGGGAGCGAGCUCCAUUCUGGAGCAGUCGGGCGAGUCAGAUUAGUUGGUGAGAAUUAGACUGGCAGAGGAGAAAUUCGAUUCAAUUUAAUUCAGGAAAGCGGUGCAAAACUCUCGCCAAGUGAGAGUGCCAGCCUGCACCAAGUACAACUUGCUCAGUGCUUCAUUUUCGCGCGAAGGGCCAGCUUGGUCUCCGCGUCUUCGCCUGGUUCACUUUCUUCAGCCCAGCUGACGCACAAGACCCCGACGAAUGGUCUGCUGUAAA